UAAUUAAUUUAUAAUUAAAAAAAGUGAAAAACCAUCAUGUUCAGUAUAGAGGAAGAUGAUAGAGGGUUAGAAACUCUAUAUGAAGAAGAUCCACGAAGAUUUAAAGUAUGGUUUCGUAUAAAUGAACAGGAUUCUUUUUUUGUAAAUGGAUUCACAAUUCAAGAAUACCUCGAUUUUAAACAUAAAGAUGAAAAAGUCCUCGAAUACAUUAUGAAACGAUUUUCUGAAGGGAGUUUGCCAAGAUCUGAUGAACAUGUCGAAGCACUUUGGAAGUUUAUAGAUGGUGUCGAAUUCUCAAAAGCUAAGAGUGAAAUGUGGAAUUACUUUAUAAAGCAAGAUUCGAAAACUGCUAAGUGCACCUUUUGUUCAAAAAUUUUUCAAACUUGUGGAAAUACAACGAAUUUGAAACAUAAUUUACUCUCGAAACAUAAGUUGUUUCUAAGUUCAUCUAAACUUCAAAAAUUUUCAAAGUCAACCAAAAGGGCCAGUAAUGAUAGAGCUUGUGAUCAGACGCAAACUAAAAAGUGUAAAACUACUUUAACGCAAAUUCCUCAAAUAUUUGAACAUAUUACUUCUUUCGCUGAUGGUGGUAAAAAGUUCGACCGAAUUACCGAUUCUAUUCUCUUCAUGAUUGCUACAGAUACUAUGCCGUUGACUACGGUGGACAAAAGAGGAUUCAAAAAACUGAUAAAAAUUCUUGCACCGUUAUAUCCCAUACCAAGUCGGAAAACUUUUACUUCAUUGGCAGAUGCUAAAUACAAGUCUUUACAAGCAGUUCUUAUCACUGAAUUAGCAGCAGUUAGGUCUUAUUGUUUAACGUGCGAUAUCUGGACUGACGUGAGCAAUCAAAGUUAUUUAGGCGUCACCAUCCACUACGUACCUGAAAAGAAAAUAACAUUAAGCUGUCGGUUUAUGAGUUUAUACUCGCUCAAUGAUCAUCAUACAUCACAAUACAUCACGGAUUCUUUAUUGUCUGUUGUGGAUACAUUUAAUUUGCUUAAUGAAAAGAUAGUUGCCGGAAUAAGUGACAAUGCUCCUAACAUAAAAAAAGCUGUGAUAGAUGGAUUUGGAAUAAAACGAAAAUUACCAUGUUUUGCACAUAUCUUAUCUCAUUUAGUACCAUCUGUCAUCAAAGUCAUACCUGGACUUGACAAAAUUAUUAGCAAAGUAAAAGACAUUGUAGUUCGUACUAAAAGAAGUGUCACAGCUUCCGAUACAUUAAGAAACCUUCAGAUCAGGGAUGGAAAAACAGAGGGUACUGCUCUUAAAUUAAUUCAGGAUGUUGAAACAAGAUGGAAUUCCACUCUCUAUAUGUUGGAACGGUUCUUAAUUUUAGAAGAAUACGUCUAUCCAGUUAUUUUGAAGUUUCUUAAUCCUCCUCGGAUGAUAGAUCCAGAAGAAAUUUAAGUUUUAAAGGAUCUUACUGUUUUAAUGAAACCUGUGGAAAGCGUAAUCAAUGAAAUAAGUGGUGAUUCAUACCCUACAUGUAGUGUAUUAAUUUUAAUUUUACAUUGCAUGAAAAUGGCAAUUCAAUCUAUUAAACCUGAAACUGAAGAAGGAAAAAAGUUUCAACAAAAACUUAUGCCAGAAAUUUUAUUAAAAUUUGAGAAUUUUGAGUCAAAUGCACAUCUCGCUAUAUCAUCAAUUUUAGAUCCUCGUUUUAAACAAAUUCAUUUUAAAAGUGCUACUGCUGCUGCUACUGCAAUUAAUUACAUUAAUGAUUUAAUGAAAUCAAAUUAUAAAAGCACAUGUACUGAAAAACAACCAGUUAAAAAUUGUAAUCCUGGUGAUUUAUGGACGUUUCAUGAUGAAAUAGCGACGAAAAGAAGUGAUACUGUAUACAUGAAUGAUGAGAUGUGUUUAGAGUUCAAACAAUAUUUAAACCAACCAGUUGUGAAUCGAUUUCAAAACCCAAUUGAAUAUUGGAAAGUGCAUCAGGACACUUAUCCUGUGUUAAGUGAAAUUGCACUAAAGUACUUAUGUAUUGUUGGAACUUCGGUUCCUUCCGAGCGUUUAUUUUCUCAAGCUGGAGCAAUAAAAACAAACGAUAGAAGUCGUCUAACAGGAAAGCAUUUACAACAAUUAUUAUUUCUAAGUUCUAUUAAUUAUGAUGAAUGGAAUGAAGUGAAUAAAUGA